CACGCGAUAGAAACACCUGAGUCGAUGGGCAGCGCUCCCACGUCAAUAUCGGAAGGUGCUACACCCGAAGCUUCCACUGUCAAAACCGCGGACCCAUCAGUUGCAGUGACCCCGACUGUAGCGAACGGUGUCCCGUCAGUCAGUCCACCUUCAACCGGCAGAUCGACAGAGGCGUCAGAUCUACGACGAACCAGGACGGUGUUGCCACCAGCUUUUGUUCCGUCCGUCGCAAGGCAGACACCUGCCUUGGCCGCUGUAAGCACACAGCGCAGCAGUCAGCCACAAAUGCCUAGGAGGAAUCACCACCCUAGCGCGAGCAAUAUCGUGUUCGGUGGUCGUGACUCUGCUCCAUCUUCUCCAGCACCUCCAAUGUCUGCCGAGUCAGCCCAACCGCCACCACGAUGGCCAGCACUCAAUGCAGCUCAGCCGUCCUCGUUUGUACCCUCGCCCUACCUGCCAAACGGUCACACGCACCAUGCAUCGGAGUCCUCUGUACAACGUAUGCCGCCUCCCAACUUUGUACCCACGCACUCGCAGUGGAGUCGCUCCACCAGCCAUGUCCAGCACGGUCAUCCCAUCUCGCACUCCCAACAGCCUUCUCAAUCAAGCUUUCGCUAUCCUCCCCGAGAAGUCUUCACACCAGCUGAAGAGCAUCCGCCCAACGGUCACUUUCCGCGAUCACGUUCCACCUCACAAACGUCCUCGGCAGCCGUCAAGCCUAUCGAGGACUUGCAGUCACCGAUAGCGCUAGAUGGUGUCUCGACUCCGUCUAGCGCUACUUUCCGGGACCCACGAAACGCAUUCUUCCCAGGCCCGCCUCAGCUACGACACCAUCAUCCAUAUCACGCACCGCCGUCGUCUCACGUGCCACACCCGGACAUGGCGCAACGCAUGGAGAACGCAGAAGCUUUGCGGCACCACGUACUUUCUCAGUUCGCGCAGCCCGCGCUUUCUGACUGCCACCUCCAUAUACGAGAAGUGGACUCCGGCGCGCGACAAGAUCUUGACGCCCACAAGAUGAUAGUCAGCCGAAGCACCAUGUUACUAGACUUAAUCCAAUGCAGCGAGCCACCUUCGUCCGCCACGCUGCAAACGCAAGUCAAUGUCAGCCUACAAGGCAAGCAUGUACGGAUCAAGCCUUUCAUGGAAUGUGUUCAAUAUCUUUACGGUGGACCGCUGUCUUCAUUGAACCACUUCAGGCAAUCACAAGUGUCGACGGACGCAAGUGCCACCAACGAGGAGCGUAUGGAGAGUGCGCUGCAACUCGUUGCGACGGGCGCUUGGCUGAAACUGUCCAGCGUCUCCGCCAGAGCGAUGGGGUUCGCCCUCAACCUUCUGCACUGGGACACCCUCUCACCCGUCCUUGCCUUCGCGCUUGAGGGAGGCCUUGGUCCGAACUGGGCGGUUGACGAUGGUCGUGAGAUGUCAUGCGCUUCCAGUGACGACUCGAUGGGCCGUCCAGAAGGCCCAGCCACGCCUACCUACGAGCCGUAUGCUUCAGACCUUUUACACCGCUUAAUCGAUUUUACAGUGCACAUGUUUCCACCAAACUUUUACCUCGACGCUUCGGCACCACAGCUGCCAAGCUGCCCACGUCUACCACCUAUGCCUCCAUCGCACGAAAGUCGACCAUCACGGUCGAACCCUUUGCUAAGCCACAUUCGGUUCGGCGAGAUACCCGCCGAAGACCACAACCGGCCCUCGGCAGUCACGACCACCAUCUCCAGCAUGCUAUUAUCCUUACCAUUUGCACUUCUUAAAUGCAUACUAGAGCACCACGACCUUGUUUUUCAGCUGGGCGCAGACACGGUGGCGAGCAUUAUGCGGCAGGUCGUAGCAGAGCGCGAAGUACGGCGCAAGAGGGUUCUUCAAGCGCGUACAUCGGGACCAAGCGAUGACGGUGCGGAGGCUCAUUUGGUUCAUACCCUUUACUUCGAGGAGGAGGUUGAACCUUCGCCUCAGCAUAGAGCAGGCUUUCGCCUUGCGAGGAGAAAGAAAGGCAUUGAUACACCGCCUUCCUCAGGCGCUGCUUCGGAGCAGAGUAAGUGA